CAGAAACUCUCUCCGACUCACCGGCUUGAAAGAACGCCCUUCUGCUCGAUGUUAUUCUGGUCUGUCAAAAAUAAAUGAAAUAUCCCACAUUCCGACAGAUGGUACCCUACAGCGAGGCUAUCGUUAAUACUCUUGUUUCCAUCCAAAAUGUUGAAGUUGUGAUAUCAUCGCCAUUUCCACCUGGGACUAAUCCUCUCCGCCUUGGGUCUUGAAGCAGGACUGACACCAUCGAUCUUUUUCUCCACCUCAUCAUCACCUUCAGUAUUAUUUCGUACUAAUAAAGAGCAAGGAAAUUAUAGAAAUGCCAUCAUUUGGGAAUAAUUAUUGCUUUGUACUAAAUUUGAGCCUUUAAUCGAAAGUACAAGCGUUCGGGCGAUAUGUCUACAACGAAAGGACUUGCACCCCCAGAGCUUCUUGGGGCAGCCCAAAGUCAAGAGACUGAUGGUUACCGACGUCUUACAUGGUCCUACGACGGUAGCUGUCUGAUCGCGCAAAGCGCAUCGCAUAAGCUCCAAACAAGCAUCCUCCCUUCCCCAUGCACCGUUUCCUCACCACCCCAACCCCUUCCCCUCUCAACCGCACUCUCCUCCUCAAGCACCCUCCGCUCCUUCGUCCCAUGGCCCUACUUCACCCUCACCGAACCCUCCACCACCCUCCUCCUCCACUCCUCCACCCACAUGCCAAUCCAACUCAUCCGCGCCUUUCCCUUCGCCUCCCACCCCAACCACCCCCCACCCCCCACUGCAACCUACCCCCUCAUCCUCCCCCACUCCGAAGCCUUCCUCCCCGCCCACGCCCUUACCUUCACCCACCACGGCGCCGGAAUCCUCGCCGCCAUCGGCCGCGAAGGAGGCGGACUCGCCGCGUUCGACGUGACUCGCAGCGGGGAGGGCCCAGCGCAUUGGGCGCGGUGGCCGCGGAACUGGCGGGGAGUGGAGAUGGCGCGGGACGGGGCGAUGAGCGGGAUGCGGGGGAUCGGGGCGAGCGUGCGGGUGAGUUUCGAGGGGCUGGCGGCGGUGGGGACGCUGAGGGGAUGUGUAGGGUUGUAUGGGGGGGAGGGGUGGGGGGAGGGGGUGGCAGCGUGGGGGCUGGAGGGGGAGGGGGAGGGGGGGAGGGUAACGCAGGUGGAGUGGUCGGGGUGUGGAAGGUAUUUGUAUGUGGGGGAGGGGAAGAGCGAUGGGGUGAGGGUGUAUGAUGUGAGGGUGGAAGGGAGGUUGUUGGGGAUGUUGGUGGGGAGGGGACGGACGUCGAAUUUGGUGCAGGAGUUUGCGGUGGAGCGGACGGAGAGCGGGGAGAAGGUUUGGGCGGGUGGGAUGGAUGGUUGUGUUCGCGUGUGGGAGGACUGCCAUAGCGUCAAUGGGAAGAUGGAGCCCAGUGAAGAAUUUAGGCUUCAUGAAGAUCCUGUCACUUCGAUCGUAUUUGACAGCGGAUUCACACGCCUUGCAACAUGUUCAGCCGCUGAACGAGGGCAGCAGGAAGAGCGCCAGGGCGAGGCGGACAUAAAGGAGACGGAACGCGACCCCAUGAUCAAAAUCUAUUCGAACGUCCAACGAUGCACUAGUAAUGUCAAGCAGGAUGACGAGGACGAGAAUACAUGAAGUAGUUGGACAGCAUUAAUAUCUAUGCUCCCAAGCUGGCCACUGACCCCCUCGCAACACACAGAGUCCGGCCUUUGGUGUCGAUCCCCUCAAUCUCGUCGCGACGAAUCCAAGCCGAUUAUCGGGAAUAGGACGACCGGCUCGCCCUCUGUUGGGAAAGUGGAUAGCGGAGCGCUGUUAUGAACAACCUAGGAUUGAGCUCAAAGGCUCCCUGAACCUGACUCCGGCUUAUGAAUUGGACAAUAAAUC